AAGUUUCCAUCGCCUGAUCGGUAAACCCAACCGCAAACUCUCUUAAUUAGCGCGUGAAAGACCGUUUCUCUUUCACUUCUCCUUUCUUCUACAGUACCGCUACCACGCUAACACCGAUUUUUUUUUUCAUUCGAAAAAUCUUGAUGACGUUCCGAGUCACACCAGUAAUCACUGAGUCAACUCGGAAUCUCGGCAAAUCAACGCUAUAUUUCUUCCUCACAAUCGCCGCUAUCAAAGCAUCACAUUCUCUCUGCCGCCGCAUUCGCUCUCUAACAAUGUCAUCUUCUUCAUCUUCAACGAGUAACAGUACUGCUGAUGCCUCUACUCUCCGCCGAAAUCGUAUUCUCUCUAGCAAGCUCUAUUUUGACGUGCCUCUCUCUAAGGUACCGCUAAUUUACUCGACGGCUUAUGAUAUUUCGUUUCUUGGCAUGGAAAAGCUGCACCCCUUUGAUUCUUCUAAAUGGGGUCGCAUAUGUCGAUUCCUCAUCGUGGAUGGUGUUCUAGACAAAAAUAGUAUCAUUGAACCUCUAGAAGCAUCAAAAGAUGAUCUCCUUGUGGUUCACACGGAGUCAUAUUUGAGCAGUCUAAAGAGCAGUGCAAAUGUUGCCAUGAUAAUCGAGGUUCCCCCAGUUGCACUACUUCCCAAUUGUCUUGUGCAGCAAAAAGUUCUUUACCCAUUUCGCAAGCAGGCAGGGGGAACUGUUCUGGCAGCAAAACUUGCAAAAGAGCGAGGGUGGGCCAUCAAUGUUGGAGGAGGUUUCCAUCACUGCUGUAGUGAAAGAGGAGGUGGAUUUUGUGCUUAUGCAGACAUUUCUCUUUGCAUUCACUAUGCCUUCAACCGGCUUGAUAUAUCAAAGGUGAUGAUAAUUGACCUCGAUGCACACCAAGGAAAUGGCCAUGAAAGGGAUUUUUCCAAUGACAGACGGGUUUAUAUUCUGGAUAUGUACAACCCUGAAAUAUAUCCUUUUGAUCAUGAAGCUAGGAGAUACAUUGAUCAGAAGGUUGAAGUAGUGAGUGGUACCACAACAGAUGAGUACUUGGUGAAACUUGAUGAAGCACUCGCGGUUGCUGGUAAAAUGUUUGAUCCUGAGUUGGUGGUCUUCAAUGCCGGCACCGAUAUCCUAGAUGGAGACCCAUUAGGGAGGCUAAAGGUGGUUACAUGAAGUCCAGUGCCAGAGUUAUAGCAGAUUCGAUAGCGAACCUCUCAAAACAGACCUUAAUAAAUUUCAAGACUAGUAGACCGGUCCUCAGUGAGGGUAAUUAAUAUCAGUCUGUGGCAUGCCCUUCAGGAUUUUGGUCCAUGUUUGAGAUGAAACCGUGACAGCUUACCUCUUUAUGCAGAAGGUUGUAAAUAUAUGAAAUGAAGAAAAAGAAAACACGUAGGACAUUCACAGGGAGCAAUUUAGUGCUUAUAUAUAUACGGGCUGUAAAGCUAAAAAUGCUGUCCAUGCCAUUUAAUGUGUACGUAGUAAAUUUUCAGCUACCGUAGUAAAUUUUAACAGCCUUUAUCAAAGCUCUCUGUGCAGAGAAACCUGAACUGAUCUUCCAGAAUCCUACCGCGGGCCUGGAAGCUCUCUUGAUUGUGGCUAUUUUGUUUUUUCCGUCGUAAAGUGUUUUUGCAGAAA